AUGCAGUCUGUCAUGCCGGCCCUGAGCAGCGCCAACAGCUUGCUACAGCCCAUUAUAGCAUUCCUGGGUCCAUUGGGCUCCUUUUCACACCAAGCGGCAAUAGAGUGCUUUGGCUCAGCAAAUAAUACCCUACAACCCGAGGUCUCCUUCAACGAUGCCUUCUCAGCUGUUCAGUCACAAGAGGCAGAUUAUGCCAUAAUACCCCUGGAAAAUUCUUCCAAUGGCGCUGUUGUCCAGACCCUUGAUUUGUUAGCAGACCGUGAGAACUUAUACCCUGAUAUCACGGUGUCCGGGGAAUACUAUCUCACUGUUCACCAUUGCUUGUUGAUGAAGAAAGCCCAAGAUGGAUCAGGGAACACUUCUGAAGCUAACCCGGAAGUAUCAAAAUUCUACUCUCACCCGCAGGUUUGGGGACAAUGCACCAAAUUUCUCUCUGAAUAUAAAGGAGUAGAGAAACAAGACGCAUCUUCGACCUCGAAAGCAGCGGAGAUCGUUAGUAAAGAUAACGACCCCAAAAGCGCAGCCAUCGGGAGCGAACUCGCCGGUAAACUUAACAAUUUAGAAGUUAUUAAGGCCAAUAUCGAGGAUGACUCGUCAAAUGCAACUAGAUUCCUCAUUCUACAAAACCUCAAAUCCAACCGUACCCAAGGGGUAAAACCUCCUCAAAAGUCACAAUCUUGUUCGACUCCAGGAUCGAAAUGCAAAUCACUCAUCUCCUUUAUGGUCGACCAUACCUCUCCUGGAGCCCUAGCGGAUGCACUUCAUGUCUUCAAGAAAUACGGGCUCAAUCUGACGAGCAUCAACUCUCGUCCUGGCGGCAUUCAGGCUUGGCAAUACGUGUUCCUUGUGGAAUGUCAGAGGGUGUACGGUGUGCAUGAUGACCAUGUUGUGGAUAAGGUCAUAAAGGAGCUGGAGAAGAUCACUCAAACAUGUAGAAACCUUGGGAGCUGGGAAGAUCAGCUCGAGGAUAGUUCAUGA